AUGGAGAGACUAUACAAGUUUAGCAAGAACAACAUUGCUUACAUCUUACAAGGCGGAAACGGAUACUACUUGACUAAAAAUCGGGAUGCAUUCGGAGAAAUUGAUUACGUGGUUGUCAAAGAUAUCAAACUGUUUGAUAUGAUGUUCGGCAUCAACAAUGCGAUUGAACUUGACGAUGAUGGGCAAAUUAAGUUUGAUAACACAGAACUUGAUACCGAUAGCAUCAUGCGUCUGCCAUUACGUGAUGUAAUCUACCAGUAUCGUGAUGAUAUCACAUACGAGCAUAUCAAGCACAUCUGGGGUGGUGGUCGGGAAGAUAUCCUGAGCUACAAUAUGAAGUUAUUUGCUUGCGAAUGGAACCAGCAGCAAUAUUUUCAGUAA